UCCGUGUGCGCGUCGGCGGCGUGGUGACGUUGGCGGCGUGGCAGCGCGCGGGUCGCCCGUUACUCGGCGGGGCCGUUCCGCGAGGGGUUGCCAUGGCGAAGACGGUGGCCUACUUCUACGACCCGGACGUGGGGAACUUCCACUACGGAGCGGGACAUCCCAUGAAGCCUCAUCGCUUGGCACUGACCCAUAGUCUGGUUCUGCACUAUGGACUCUAUAAGAAGAUGAUUGUAUUUAAACCAUAUCAAGCAUCUCAGCAUGAUAUGUGCCGCUUUCAUUCAGAAGAUUACAUUGACUUCCUUCAGCGAGUGUCUCCAAAUAACAUGCAAGGAUUCACCAAGAGCCUCAAUGCUUUCAAUGUGGGGGAUGACUGUCCAGUGUUUCCAGGGCUGUUUGAAUUUUGUUCUCGAUAUACUGGGGCUUCAUUGCAAGGAGCAACACAACUGAAUAAUAAGAUCUGUGAUAUUGCAAUAAACUGGGCUGGAGGUCUUCACCAUGCCAAGAAGUUUGAGGCUUCUGGGUUUUGUUAUGUCAAUGACAUUGUGAUCGGCAUCUUGGAGCUUCUCAAAUAUCACCCACGUGUACUGUACAUUGACAUAGAUAUCCAUCAUGGAGAUGGUGUUCAGGAGGCUUUUUAUUUGACAGACCGUGUCAUGACAGUGUCCUUUCACAAAUAUGGAAACUACUUCUUCCCUGGUACAGGUGACAUGUACGAAGUGGGAGCUGAGAGUGGCCGUUAUUACUGUCUCAACGUACCUUUGCGUGAUGGCAUUGAUGACCAAAGUUACAAACACCUCUUCCAGCCAGUCAUUAAUCAAGUUAUAGAGUUCUAUCAGCCCACGUGCAUAGUGCUGCAGUGUGGUGCUGACUCGCUAGGUUGUGAUCGUCUUGGUUGCUUUAACCUCAGCAUAAGAGGACAUGGGGAAUGUGUAGAAUAUGUAAAGAGUUUCAACAUACCCCUCCUGGUGUUAGGAGGAGGUGGCUACACAGUUCGCAAUGUGGCCCGAUGCUGGACUUAUGAAACAUCAUUACUUGUAGAUGAAGCAAUUAGUGAGGAGCUUCCAUAUAGUGAGUACUUUGAAUACUUUGCUCCAGACUUUACCCUCCACCCUGAUGUCAGCACUCGAAUUGAAAAUCAGAACUCGAGGCAGUACUUAGAUCAAAUUCGGCAAACUAUAUUUGAGAAUUUGAAGAUGCUGAACCAUGCACCCAGUGUCCAGAUCCAUGACGUCCCUUCUGAUUUGCUGAAUUUUGAUCGCCCAGAUGAGCCUGAUCCUGAAGAGAGAGGUUCUGAGGAGAACUACAGCAGGCAUGUUUCAGUUUAUUCCUCAAGUAGAAGCGUCCUGUUUUUGCACCCCAGCCCAACUGGAGGAACUAUGAUAUGUGCCCCCCAGAACCAACACUACAUUGAUUUGGGCUUUUGCUUAUUGUUUAGAUUGCUGUUUUCCAGAAGCAUGUAGUUGCUGCAGUUUUAGGUGGGCAGGUUUCCAGUGUCUGUGCUUAAUUUUUGGCCUCCUCCUGUGUUAACUUGUCUUGCAGGCCAGAGGCUUCAAACGAGUUCUACGAUGGUGACCAUGAUAACGAUAAAGAAAGUGAUGUGGAGAUAUGAUGCCUGAAUCAUGGGAGUGUGAACAGUGCGGAGAUCACAGGAUGGUGGUGCUAUAAGGAUGCAGCGGGUUCCAGUGGAAAGCCUCUGUCCUGUCGCUAAGUGAUGGCAGCAGGACUGCUGAAUCAUGCAAUUACUGGGGCGCAAAAGACAUUGAGAGGUUUAUGGUCCUCCCAGAGCCUUUCCCAUCCCUUGAGACUGUGCCUUUGCCACUGUUUGUGGAAAAAGAAUUUCAUAAUUUCAUGUUCACACAAGUCUGUUUCACUGCUGUGUGACCAGCUGUUGGGUCUCAUUCUGCAGUGACUUUGUCUCCCUUGCAGACAGCAAGAAGCACUGUUGCACUUGGACAUUUCUUCUGACUUCUUUUGAAACAGGUUUGUGUAUGUGAGGUGUUCUGCUGAAGCAGCUGGUUUUAAAUCCAAAAAAAGCUGCAGUGUAAAAGUCAGUCGUUUGCCAGUUUUUCAGCCAACCAGAGUCCCGUGUUAAAGUAAAUCAGAUAAAAGGGAGAACCGGAUAAUGGUUAAUAUUUUGCUGAGCCAGUAAUGGAGGUUGGAAUGGUCAGUUUUGUGGCUGACCCAACAAUUCUGGUUCAUUUAGCACAGAUUUCUUCAUAGGAGGUUAUUUUUGUAGCAGCUCAUUUUCAAAAUCAGGGCAUGUUGAAAAAACUUACCCGUGUGGGAUAUUUGAGGGACAGAAGGCUGGGGGUGGGUGGGUGUUGUUUCUUAAUAUUUCUUCUGGUCACACUGCGUACUUGGUACCAAAGUGGCAUCCAAAAAAAAAAAAAAAAACCCUUGUCAAUGGAGAAUUUUGUUUUGCAUGAGUGUUGAUUACAUUCACACACUAGUGCAGGGUUUCCCAACCCUUGGCCUCCAGCUGGUUUCAUACUACAAUUCCCAUCAUCCCUGACCCUGGUAUUGCUAGCUAGGGAUGAUGGGAGCUGUAGUCCAAAAACAGCUGGAGACCCCAAGGCUGGGAAACGCUGGAUUGUGCACCUAUGUACAACUCAGUGUACCCCCAAGAGUGACCUUUCCACAGACGUCACCUUUGGUUUCAUAGAGGUCAUGUUGCUUCUCAAAAGAAUGUUACGUGGAUUGUAGGGGGAGACCUGGGCCAAAGAUGGUUAUCUUGUUGUGGAAAGUCUUCUUAUUGUUGAGCUUCUCCCUUCUGUGACCCUUUACAUAUUUUAAUGAGUCAUGCCUUCUGAGCAUGUGCUCAGGCAGAGGCUUCGUUCCUAAAUAAAUUUUAAGGAACUUUAUGAAAGGAAAGCUUCCUGUCCCCUCUUCCCCCCUGAACCACAUUCCAUAUUGUUCAGGAGGGUCCCUCAGACCACCCAGAGAGGAUUUUCUUUUUCAGGGUAAGGGGGGAUGCACACAGUGGGGAGAAGUGGACAGGAAACAUCUCUUCCGCAAACUUCCUUAAAAAUAAAGUUCUUUUUGGAUCCAAGCAAAAAUAUGAAAGGCUUCUCUAGUUUUAACUGCAAGUUCUCCUUCCUUUGUGACUACAUAGCCAUUGAUGCAAUGUGUGCCUCAGUUUGGCUGUGGUCUUACUGGUCUUAAGCUGUAUGUGUGCGUGCAGAUACUUGCCAUCAGUGUUAUGAAGACUUCACUGCGGGUAGAAUGGCAGAACAGCAACUGAUCUUUUCUUCCUUAUGCUCAUAUUUUACUAAUGCUUUUAAAAUAUUAAACAGGAUGGUGUUUUUCUUA